CCCGCAACUUUAAGCGCUGCUCAGCACUGGAUCACGUCAUCAUAAUAUUGUUCCAUUAUACAUUUUAAGCCCAAAACGAAUCAUCAACAGAAAUCUUUUAAACUACAGAAACUAUCCUCGUAGCAGCUUUUUAAAUAUCAAGUAAAACCACAUUCAAUGGCAAAGCGACAAAAUGCAACGUAAAGAGUCGAAUGCUGGACACAACGAGAGACAAAAUCAAAUAUUGACAUAACACGUCAACAUUUGCGGCGAGAUUUCGGCAAUAAAAAAGGAGAACAAAAAAAGGAAUAUAACUAAAUAUAUACAUCUAUGUAUAUAUGUAUGUAAAUGUAUAGAAAACAUUAAAAUUGGGUCCAAGCUGGAAUAAGCAUGUGUUAUGGCCACAGCUCAGUACAAUACAACAACAACAGCAGCAGCAACAACAACAUCGGCAAUAACAGCUGCAACAACUGCAACAACAACAACAACAGCGGCUGAACAUGUUGAACGCAAACAUUCUGUUGCCUCGAAUUCGAAUUCAAAUUCGAAUUUCAAUUUGCCUGGCGUAAAUGGACCCAGCUGGCAGAACUGUUAUUACUGCACACGCGAGCAUUUCAAGAGCGUGGCAGAGUUUAUCAACCAUCUGCGCACUCGCCAUUGCACGCGUGAAGGCGGCUCAUUUGUGUGCCGCUAUGGCUUCAAUGGCGUCUGCGCCUCGCUCCCACUAGAUGGCGUCUCGGAUCGUGACUAUGAUGCCCAUGUGGCCAAAUAUCAUGUGAAUCAGCAGACGCGUGAGCUGCCGCCUGAAUGGGGCGUCUAUUCGGCGGCACAGAAUCUGCCCGCUGUCCUCAAUGAUCCGCAGCGCGGCAAGCAGAGCAAUUUGUUUACCAAAAAAUGGGGCGAACACUUUGUGGAUCGUGUCCAAAUACCGUGCAAUCCUCGGCUGCCGGACAUCACGCAUGCGGAUUUCGCUGUCUAUGUGGGCAGCAUUGGGAAACGCUAUCGCUGGCACGAGAGGCGCCAGCAGCAACAGCAACAGCAGCAACAACAAUUGCCUUCCACGACCACGCCGGAACACUUGGGUCCUGUGCCCGUGCCGGAGAUAUUCCUGAAAUCCCAGCUGCAGCUGCAUCAUCCGGCCACCUUUGCACAGGUCUUUCCCGGCUACAUGCAAAGCGCUAAAGACGGCGCCGGCUCGCCAGUGGAACGCCAGCAGCUCGGACGGCAGCUGCAGGAACAGCUCUCCCACUACCUGGAUAUAGUGGAGGUGCGCAUUGCCCAGCAGGUAGCCCAGAAAUCAGCUGCUUUCUUUCAUGCCAUGACCACACAGCAUGCGAUCCUGGCGGAAAUGCAGCAGGCGGCGGAGCAAGUGCGUCAACUGCGCUCGGCGCUGGCUCAGCUCCAUGGCAGCGCCGUCACGGACAGCUUCCGGGUGAUGCGAUAUGCCCAGCGCCGGCAACACUAUCAGACGACGCUGGACAAGCUUCGGCUCAUGGCCACCGUGCACAAGACGCAGCCCAUGCUGCAGUUGCUCCUGGGCACACAGGAUUAUGUGGCUGCCUUAGAUUUGAUUAGCACCACACAGGAGAUUCUCGCAGCCGAGCUGCUGGGCGUCCACUGCUUCAAGCAUCUGCCCAUGCAGCUGGGCGAAAUGGAGAAGCUAAUUGAUAAAAUGCUGACCACGGAAUUCGAACGUUAUGCGGCCAACGAUCUGAAUCGUCCGCUGUCCGAUGCGGAUCUGGAGUCGGACAGCGUCUGUGCCGAGGAGGACAAACUGGUGGCCAUUGUGAUGGGCCUGUUGCGCAAGCAGAACUUCAGCUUCGUGCAGAGCUAUCAGCAGGAGGCGAUCGCCACGAUUCGGGCAAUCAUUAAGCAGCUGCUCAUUGAGCUCCUCUCUCGUGGGGAUCAGGAGCUGUGUCUGACUGGAGCGGGCGAGCAGGCCCUUGACUUGACCCUGCCCGAGUGGCUGGCCAUGCUGCAGCGAGCCAGCCACGCCCUGAUUGCUGUGCUGGAGCGGAUCAAGGCGGUGGUUUCGAUUAUGCAGCAAACGGCCGAUGCUGCCGCCGGUGGCCUCGAUCCGCACGAGCAUGCCGUUAACCUCAUCGACGCCGACGCCUUUCUCAGUGCUGCACACCAUGAGCAGCUGAGCGCGCAGCUCCAGCAGCUGCUCCAGGCCGUCUGUCACUAUUGCCACGAGCGUUGCGCCAAUAUUGUCUCACCACAAAGCCUGGAGCGCUGCGUGGCCACGGAGCAGGAGCUGCUGCAGCUGUCCCAGGUGGUACAGGAGUUUGGCGAUGCCACACUCAGCAUUUGUGGGGCGGCGAGUGUGCCGCUCCAGCUGGCGUUGAAGGUGCAGGCCUCGCGGUACGCACAACGCUUCCAUGCGGAGCGCAAACAAAAGUUGGCUCUGCUGCUGGAUCAGGAGCGCUGGCGUCAGGUGGACAUACCACAUGAGUUCCAGCGGAUCAUUGAGAGAAUGUCCGCGGGCGACUACUCCAAGCAGGCGCCUCUGGAUGGCAGCAGCCACAUCACGGGCAUCGGCGGCAUCGUGGCCGGCAAUCCGGUGCUCCUCGUCGAGGGCAAACAGCCCUUUGCUUUGGUCAGCGUGGCGCUGCUCCUCAUCCAGAUGCUGUACGAGUAUGGGGGCAGUGCUCAACGUCUGCCCCUGCUCGCCGGCUAUCACUCCCGGAACGUGAUAGAUCUCUUGCGCUGCUUCAAUUCGCGCAGCUGCCAGCUGAUCAUUGGCGCCGGAGCGAUGCGCGUGGCCGGACUGAAGACGAUCACGAGCACGAAUCUGGCGCUGGUGUCGCGGGCGCUCCAGCUGGUGCUCUACUUGCUGCCACGGCUGCGGGAGCAUUUCGAGAGCAUGAGCGGGUAUGAGGCGAUCGAGCGGGACUAUCAGGGUCAUAUCAAGGAGAUCGAGCAUAAGAUCCAUGGCAUCGUAUCGGAACGGAUUGCGGCACAGCUGGAGGCAUGGGAUGCUCGGCCGCCGAUUCCAUCGCAAACAUUUCGUCAUAUUUCCAGGCAUUUGGUCAAGCUGCAUGAGGCGAUCGCUGGUGUGCUGCCGGAGGCACAGAUCCAUGAGAUCUAUGGUGUGGUGCAUCGCAAUUUCAAGGACAAGCUGCGGGAGCAGCUGCUCAAGCUGAAUGUCUACAACAAUGGGGGGCCGCAGCAUGGAGUUGUUACCUCGGAGCUGACCUUCUACAUGGAGACGUUGCGCACGCUCAAGGCGCUGCCCGCCGAUCAGCUCGAUAACGGUAUACUCGAGCACAUCUGGGUGUAUUGAGAGCCUAUUGAGGGCGUGGCACUAUGACCGAUUGCUGUCGGAUUUAUGAAAUCUAUAGCAAUUCAACGAUCGAUCAGUUCCGUUCCGUUAGUCUCUAUUUUAUUGUCCU